AAUCCUGUCCUCUUGGACUCACUGUGACUGCCCUUAUUUGUCCAUGUCCUGCUCCUAAGUCCUCUGAGGUACRGGAGGGAAGAUUGCUGGUAAGAGAGGGAAUCAGGAAGGAAGGAGAGGGGAGAGGUAGCCCAAGACAAACUUCCUUCGCCUCACCAUCUUGCCUAAGGAGAGGACUGUCCUGCAGAAAUUGGAGGACAACUGCCAGCUCCUGGGGCUCUCCUCUCCAGGAAAGGAAGACUCCAAUGAGCUGGCACAGCCCAGCGCUCACUGUGCUCUAGAGGCCUAGGCUGCGCUCCRUGGGACCCCACAUGCCCAGUGAGCAUGUUCCCUGCUGAGGGCAGGACGCUCCGUCUCAGGGUUGGCAGCCCAGAAACAGAGGUUUCAGAGAGAUCAUGAAAACUUCCAGCUACCUGACGACAGAGGAGAUCUACUAACUCAGUCCUGAGGCCCAGGACCAGAACCCAAGUCCUAGGCCCACCUUCCACCUCCUCUCCAGAUCCCUCCUCAGGAAAACCUCCUGCUUCAUCUUGCCCACUAGACUCUGGAUGUGGAACUAGUCUGACCUGGUCCAAAUGCACCCAAAUAUGUGACUUUAUACAAAUCACCUCACCUCUGUGAAUAUGAAUUUCUAUGCCAAGUAAAUAACCUCCUGUCACGAAUUAACUAUCCCACGGGAACAAACUCUGGACAGUUGCUUGGAAUUCCUGUAACAGCCUCUCUCCUGAACUAUUGGGGAGAUUUAGCUGCACCCUAGAGGGCAAUUUGACCCCUUCUUGAUUCAGUYACCCAAUUAAUAUUUUCCAGGCUCCUACUUUGUACCAGCUACUUGAAAAGUACUGGGAAAACAAUGCCAGCAAAAUGGGUAGAAUUCCAGUCUUCAUGGAAGAUUCAUUCUUCUGUGGGAGAUGGAUAUUAAUUGAAUGAUUGCAUGAAUAAAAGUAAAAAAAAUAUAUACCAGUCAUGAGUACCAUGAAGGAGGGGAACUCGGACCCAGGAAAUUAUUCCAUAGGCAUACGCGAUGGAGCCUGGGGCUGGCACACCUGUGGCAUGGCCUUACUUUCCUGUUAACUGGUUUCCCAGAAUCUCCAGUUCCCAAAAAUAAACAUAUUCAGAACAGGGAACUUAGAAGGGGAAACCUGGUUUGCUCCAAUCCCAAACCAGUUUCCCCACAGUCCAUUCUUACCCCCAAAAUAAAUAAGGCCCUUCCAGACUGCCUCCUCACUAGAGCCUCCCCCAGGACAAACAGCUCCUGCUCCAGCUCCACCAUGAAGCUCUUCACUGUCCUGCUGCUGGCCAGCCUGGCCUCCACCUCUCUGGCCAUCCUUCAUGGUGAGUAUAGCCUCCUUCUCAUUCCCUCGUCAGAAGAUGAAAUCCCCUUGAAGACUCAAGUCACCAAUGACUGGACGGAUAUGGCAAUGGCUGACUGCUUCUCACCAGGAGCUCUUUCUCUGCCCCAUACUCCCUCCAUCUCCUUAGUCCCAGCUUCCCAGUUUGCUUCUAUCAACCAUCCCAGGAAAGCCUCUAUCUCCAGUGAGGACCUCACCGUGGAGCCUUUCAUCCUCAGUGAAGAGCUGAUUUCCAAAGAGAAUGUGGUGAUACAAUCCACCAGACCAAUGAGUCAAACACCUGAAAUCCUUCACCCCGUACUCCAAGGGGACAGUUCCAAAAGUUCCAYAGAAGAGACCACAGAAUUCACUCCUACUGCUGGUAUGAGCCAGGGAAGAGAGGAAAUGACCGGGGAGGUGUUGAGAAGAAAAGGGCAGGGGUGGGGGAGCGACUUGGAUGGGAAUAAGGUGGGGUUAGAAAGAGGGGGAUCGAGAAUGAAAUAUAAGUGAGAUCAAAAGACCCCACUGAUUCCUAGUUCUGUGGAAGGUUGUUGCCAGAAUGCUGGGAAGGGUUGGGAGAGAACCAGCCUGAACUUGACAUUUUUCUCCCCAUAUUUCCCAGCAACCACCUCGGAGGGAAAACUGACCAAGUUUGGCAAUAAAAUGGGGAAGGAUCUGAAGAAAGCCAUCAAAGGAAUCUUGGACUAUCUGAAAAGCCUGAUACCUGAUGCCAAUGAUGUCAUGAGGCCCUGAGGACAAGGACUCGACAUCCCAGGCUGGGCCAUGAGAGGUGCCUACAUCACCCACACUGCACUCUUCCCAACCACCAUCAACCCCUCAAAUCCAGGCAUUAAAGCAUUCAACCCAAACACAGCUCUGUGGUGACUUUGUGGGAAAGGAGGCAGGAGGCCCCCACUAUUCUUCCUCAACUCCCCAAUCCCCACAGACCUGUUCAAGUCUCUGCAUCCCACAACAUCCUUGGCAAAGCCUUGACACUGCUCGCCCUGCCCCUCCACGUCACCAGAGUGGCACCUCCCUGCA